GGCCUUAGAAAGUAUUGGAAUUAGUAUUUAUAUAUAAUAAUCGUUUCUUAUUCAUAUAUCUCUUGUAUGUAAUACUUGCUCUUUAAUACGUAUAUCAUCGAUCUUAUUUUUACACUGCAUAUGGAUAAAUAAUAAAAUUUAUUAUCCAUAUAGUUAAUGUGGUAUUUAAUUUCCCUUAACAUAUAUUUUAAGCGAAUAUAGUUUUCGAUGUUAAAUAGUAAUUGUAAUUAUUUCUUAUAGCACGUGUUACAAUUAUAAAACAAUAUAAGUAACAGGAAUCAUAAAAUGAUUUUAAAUUUAGUAUAAAGUAUUCUAAAGCAUCCACAUUUUCGUUUCGCAUGCGUUCGCUUUAACGUUAUUUAUAACUCAUUACGCUAUGGCAAGCACGAAGUAGUGCAAAAGAUAUUCAUACCAUCCACCGACGAAUUUCUGUAUAUGUUACGUUUCUCCAUAAAUCACGUGACAAUUUAAUGGUGUCUAUGGAUUUUAUCAACUGUUCGAAAUAUCGAUCUAUAAAGAGUUGCUGCAGUGAAAAGUCAUCGAUGGACGAUGAAAAUAAGAACAAUGAAUUUCGUAAUAAAGAUUGCAUAUUCCUUGAACGAAAAAAUAAAAUCGAAGAUGGAUAUUCCACUGUUAACGUGGAGCCAUUACGUUUCGUUAAAAACAUACGCAUGAAAGACCAAAUAAAUGGAGAUAUACAAGAGGAAAGUUUCUCUUCCUUUAAUAAGCAGGAAGAGAAAGAUUUUCGAUGUCCUAGAUGUGGCCAAAACAUGCAAGAACCUAGAUUACUUCCUUGCUUGCAUCCUAUAUGUUCAACAUGUAUUUCAGAAUUAAUGAGUAAACCAUUUUAUAAUUUUACAAAAAGUAUUAAAACUCAAAACAAUCAAUCGGAAAGCAGCCAAAAUAAUUAUUACGAAAUUUGCCCUCUAUGUGAUGUUCAAUUACCAAAUGCUAAUUCAACAGUUCCACCUCCGCAUUAUCCUCUUCAGUAUCGUCUGAUAAUGAGUGCUAUCCGUUCUAAAUUUACAAACAAAAUACUUUGUGAUAUUUGCCCAGAUGAAGUUGUUGCAGUUGUUCAGUGUUCCACGUGUCUCCGCAAUUUUUGCUUAGACUGUGGUAUGAAACAUCAACAACAAAUCACAUUGGAAUUAAAACCAUUAAAACAUUCGAUAAAACCGCUAAUGGAAGCUACAGAAGUACGACGUACUGCACUUUGCCAGCAACAUCCUACACACGCUUUGCGUUUUUAUUGUAUUGCUUGUCAACAGGUAACCUGUAAAGAAUGUAUGUGGAGUAGUCAACACAGAGGUCAUGCAAGUGAAAAUGCUGCUGGAGUUGCAAAACGAGUUAUUUUAUAUUUAACGAAAAUGUUGCAAAGAGCAAAAAUGCUUUUAAACAUGCUCCUAACGCAGUACGAUCGAGAUGCAUUUUUAAAUAGUUCUUUUGAAGAAAUAAAGGAUACCUGCAUUUCAGUUGAUUAUAGGGAUAUGUUAAGACAGAAGGUAUAUUAUAAGAGAAACAUAUGUAAGUAAAUAUACGUACAUAUACUACUUACAUACAUGUAUCUGAAUUGUCAUGUGAUGAUUAUUACUAUAGAUCUUGAGAUUCAAUUAAGAAUAUUUUGUGACUGUCAUUUGAGGUAAAAACUUAUGCAUUGCUAUAGGAUACAAAAAACUGUGAUAAAAAAUAACUGUUACUAUACAAAUAAUUAAAAAAAAUAAAACAUUCCAUUAUAUAAUUUUAUGCUAUUAUCUGUAUAUAAUAAAUGUUUAUAUUU